UGGGCGGGGCCGGUAGCGGCGGGAGCUGCACUGGCCAGGGGUUCCGGCUGCAUUUCCAUGAGCGCCGCCGGCAGCCGCGGAGCUGCAGGAACCGGGCUGGGAGCAAGCGGGGCCGCGGUAGUCAACCACGCGCAGCUUUUAGGUUAAUUUGAAUAGGAGAUCUGACCUGAGUGGCCCAGCUGUACAACUCUUCAAGGACAGUCAAUAUUUGCGGUAGAGAGGAAGAAGGGACAUAGAUCAAGAUGAAUGCCAUGCUAGAGACCCCCGAGCUCCCAGCCGUGUUUGACGGGGUAAAGCUGGCUGCCGUGGCUGCCGUGUUGUACGUGAUCGUCCGCUGUUUGAAUCUGAAGAGCCCCACAGCGCCGCCUGACCUCUACUUCCAGGACUCGGGGCUCUCGCGCUUUCUGCUCAAGUCCUGUCCUCUUCUGACCAAAGAAUACAUUCCACCAUUGAUCUGGGGGAAAAGUGGACACAUCCAAACCGCCUUGUAUGGGAAGAUGGGAAGGGUGAGGUCGCCACACCCCUACGGGCACCGCAAGUUCAUCACCAUGUCCGACGGAGCCACUUCGACCUUUGACCUCUUCGAGCCCUUGGCUGAGCACUGUGUUGGAGAUGACGUUACCAUGGUCAUCUGCCCUGGAAUUGCCAAUCACAGCGAGAAGCAGUACAUCCGCACCUUCGUCGACUAUGCCCAGAAAAAUGGCUACCGGUGCGCCGUGCUCAACCACCUGGGCGCCUUGCCCAACAUUGAGCUGACCUCACCGCGCAUGUUCACCUACGGCUGCACCUGGGAAUUUGGAGCUAUGGUAAACUACAUCAAGAAGACGUGUCCCCAGACCCAGCUGGUCGUCGUGGGCUUCAGCCUGGGUGGUAACAUCGUGUGUAAAUACUUGGGGGAGACUCCGGCAAACCAAGAGAGGGUCCUGUGCUGCGUCAGCGUGUGCCAGGGGUACAGUGCUCUGAGGGCCCAGGAGACCUUCAUGCAGUGGGAUCAGUGCCGACGCUUCUAUAACUUCCUCAUGGCUGACAACAUGAAGAAGAUCAUCCUCUCGCACAGGCAAGCUCUUUUUGGAGACCAUGUUAAGAAACCCCAGAGCCUGGAGGACACAGACUUGAGCCGCCUCUACACUGCCACAUCCCUGAUGCAGAUCGAUGACAACGUGAUGAGGAAGUUCCACGGCUAUAACUCCCUGAAGGAAUAUUACGAGGAGGAAAGCUGCAUGCGGUACUUGCACAGGAUCUAUGUGCCUCUCAUGCUGGUUAACGCAGCUGAUGACCCCUUGGUGCACGAAAGCCUCCUAACCAUUCCAAAAUCUCUUUCAGAGAAACGGGAGAACGUCAUGUUUGUGCUGCCUCUGCACGGGGGCCACCUGGGCUUCUUUGAGGGUUCCGUGCUGUUCCCCGAGCCCCUGACGUGGAUGGAUAAGCUGGUGGUGGAGUACGCCAACGCCAUUUGCCAGUGGGAACGUAACAAGUCCCAGUGCUCUGACACGGAGCAGGUGGAGGCCGAGCUGGAGUGAGGCCUCCUGGACUCUGGCGCGGUCCAGCCGCCUCCCCUGGAACCCGCGUCCCUCACCGGCUGUUUCAGGUCCCCCAUCUCCCUCGGUGACCUGGAUCUGACCUCACGCCAUCAGCGGGGAUGACCCACCAGGCACACCUGUGCCGGAGUAGGCCUCCGUCCCUGGGAGCUCCAGGCUAUUUUUUGUGCUUAGUUACUGGUUUUCUCCAUUGCAUUGUUAUCCAUGGUGACAAGCGACAGGGUUCUCACCCUCCUGUCCACUCUCAGCGUUUGAUUGCUUUUAAGCCAAUUACAUCUAGUUUCCCUAUUAAAAAUGUGUCUGAACAGCAGUUUUGCUUUGCCAAUCAAAAAGGCUUGUCCCCAAGAGCAGGGAAGGAUGUAUAUGCUAUUUUGUGGUGGUUGUAUGUGUCCUUACGGAGACCCUGGUGAGCCCUCGCCCAUCUAGGCCGAUGCUGAAGAGGCUGGUCAGCUUGGGAGCGAAGCACCUGGGCCCCCCACGCUGCCGUGUGGCUCCUCACGUGGCCAAGAAAGUUCCCUGGAGUCACCAGCCAGGUUCCUCCCUUACAGUCUCCUAAGACAGUCUCCCCACACCUUUGCCAACGAUGAGAGUUACCUGGGGCACUUGUUAAAAAUUCAGCCUCCCAGGUCCCUCCCCUGGGAGAGGCCCAUACAGUGGGUCUGGGAAGGGGUCUGGAGAUUUUAAUUUUUGACAAGUGCCCCCGGUGAUCCUCAUCACAGGGCAAAUUUGGGAAACACUGUUCUACUGCAGGGCCUUUCAAUGAGAAACAUCUCGGUAGCUCAUUUUAUGGAAAUGUAUGGGUAGACGUGUCCCUUAGCUCCCAGGGGUCUCCAAAGCAGCAGCCCCUGUCAUGUCCAGCUGCCCUGUCGUGGCCACAGUGUGUGAUGUCUCGGGAGAGGGCCUGGUGGGGAGGAAAGAGUUUGGGCGACGCCGGACUCUGCCUUUCCCUGGCUGUAUGACCCUGGACAAGUCCCUCUGAACUUCCGUUUCUUCACCGAUAAAACGGGGGACUUGGACAGGCGGAUGGCCGAGACCACUGCCAGUUCGAAUGAUCCAUGACAAGCUCAGCUUGCUGAGGUUUGAGAGAACAUCCCUCCAGGGAAGCCUGGGAGUUACUCUCCUCGUCUACACCUGUGGAUGUCAUCGUUUGCCUUUUUUUUUUUUCCUGUCCCUCAUUUUCAUAGAAAGAGGUGUUUUGGGUUUUUGGGUUUUUUUAGACAUUCAGUGGUAAUUUUACUUUUUUAACCCAAGUCUUUCUAGCUCUGGCUUUUGAUAACCAAACAAUUCGAAAGCUGGAUCUGAGUUUGGAGAAAGAUCUUUCCAACCGAAAAGGGUGUUAUUUUGAAACCAGAUUUUUAAUUUAAUGGCCUAUAUUUAUAUUCUGUUAGAUAGAUCUUUCCAAAGUAUGUCUUUUCAAAUGAAAAUGUUAUUCGAGGUUUCAAGUACUCCUUUCCUCCAGUCCUGUGGUACUUGAAUAUCUAAAAACCCUGCACUUUGAAAAAUCAGCAGUUGCUAUCUGGAACUAAAUGGAACUAUGAGUGAAAUUGCCUGGAUACACUUUUUUCUUUCUUUUUUUUUUUUUGUUUUUAAUGUCCUUGCUUCAUCUCCUUUGCUCCAGGACAGAUAGGAUUAUAAAUAGUGGGUCUGUGUGGAUGUUUCAGGGGUAAAGGGAGCCACCUGAGGGCCUGGAUGCGCCCCUCACAGCCGCAGGUGGAUGUGGUUUGGGUGUCGGUCCAAGUGACUAUGACGGUCUGCAACCUGAAGUUGUUUUCUGACAAUCACCAGAUCAUCCUGAUCAAUACCAUCGAGAGCAGCCAGCGUCUCAAAAGAUUGAGACUUCCGUGGUCCCCGGCAUUUCUUUGUUGUAAUCGCUCACACACACCAAAUUCGUCAUUGUGACUCCCUCCCCGCCCUCCCCCCCCCCCCACCGCAACCGUUAUUUUUCUGGUGCAUUUCCUUUCCAUGUUCUUUUAGCACAAAUUGGCACUUUAUCAUCUACCCCCUCGAUUUGGAAGCUGGUCCCCUCCCCUCCAUUGCUUUUCCCCCCCUCCAGCUGUAAUCUAGAAGAUUCAUAGUCCUGUUUCCUACAGACCCUUUGUGCAAGUAGGUAAACAAAGCGGUAACUGAAUGGGGCCAAAGCACCAUCCCAGGAAGCAAGAGGGGCCUUUGCCUUUGCCUUAGGUCACAUCUCUCGAUCUGUUUUGACAGAGUAGUGGCCAGGUACCAGCUCCAUUCAGGAAGAGAAAAGACAGUCCUGUUGUCGCACCCCGGGGGUUUGGCGGGGGACCAGAAGUCCCUGGGGCCCGGUGGAGGAGAGGCUGGGCCUGGGGCCUGGCCUUUGUCACCACACGACCGGAAUUUACCCCACAGGACUGUGGGGGCCACUUCCCAGCUGAAAUCUUUCUAGUAUGUGACUCUGAAUGGCACUCACAUUCCAUUUUGGCUCACAUGAAAUUAACUGAAGUCCUUUGUUCGGGCGUUAGGCUCUCAGGCAUGGAAAUGAGAAUGUGACCGCGGCGGUCUUACAGGAAAAUUCUUGUUUGUCCCUGAAUGAAAGCACAGAGGCAUUGAAUUUACAGAGAUGCAAACCUGCCUAAUAAACAAGGGAGCGGCAUUUUAUAUGUAGGUCAGCUUUUUCCUUCCUCCAGCUUUCUUUGCUUUUCUUCCUGAAGUCAUUCAUUCCGGAUGAUAAUGGGAGCGCUCUUGCUAUGAAGGUCCUCUUUGGCCUAACACAGGGCCGAAUUUUCAGAGAGUGUUCGAAUAUUUUAAAAAUCAGAAUAAAGAUAGAAGUUGCGUAGACCUAGACAAUCCUAUCGCAGGGGUUAACACAUUAAAAACCAAGGAGGAAAAGCACCCACAUUUCUUCUGGCCGUGCUCCCUGCCUCUCAAACAAUUUGAAGACCACUAAUGAGUAACGGAUCCCGGCCAAAUGAAGAUUAUCUAGAAAAUGAUGUCACGUCCCCUUGAUACAUUUUGUUAGGAGGAAGUUUAAUAGACUUCAGGAAAAGCCCUUCUCUUCCCUGCUGUGAUUCCAGAGCAGAAUGAAAGCAGGAAGUUGUUUGUUGUCACUAGAUUCUUUUAACCUCUCUGCAGCAUUAUGCACUUGCAGGGGGCCCUGUGACAUACCCUAAGAGGGGAAAUAUGCCUUGAAAGAGGAGCCUUCCUUUCUUGACCCGGUGUUAGGGAGCCAGGGUCCAAGAGACCUGGGUUCUCAUCCCAACUGUCUCUAAUUCACGUUGGAUUGAGGGCAAUCACUUCACCUCGCUGAGCCCCAGUGCCCUCACCUUAGAGCAGCUUGAAGACCAGUCAUCUAUUUACACAUCUUUUGCCUGAGCAUUCCCACCUGCCUUCCAUGGCCCUUGCAAGUGGUAGUGGCUCUGUCAAGGCUCCAGCCUCAUCGGGGGGGGGGGGGGCUUGGAGAGAGAGAGCUUCUGCGUUAAGCCUUUGCCGGUGAAGCCCCUUGAUAUGACCCAAAGCCCUGUGUCUUUGAGUGGCUUCUCUUUAGAAUCUCCGUUGCCAUCUCAAUAUCCUUGCUGUCCCGAGGGUGGUCUUGUGACUGGGACAGGUGCUGACCAUCGGAAUAAGGCGAAUGUCCCCAACCUUCCGUGGGACUCAGGCAGAGCGUUGAGAUUCACAGUCCCGUUUCCCAGGGCAGAAAUCCUUCCCGCUCGGGCUUUCAUUCUGAAAUCACAAUCUUCCUUAAAGCUGAGCUCCGAUGCCUGACAUCUGAAUGAGGGCUCUCUUUGUAACUGUGUGACUUGAGAUCGCCUUUGCCAGCUCCAGAGAAACAAUGCGUGGGUUCUUGUUUGUGUUUGCCAGGCAAGCAGAUGUCUGAGGUGGGGGGGGGACUUUUCUUUUCCUGGGCCAUCGAUUCUUAGAGGCCAAGUAAAGAUCCCUGGAACGUCACAUGGAGCCCAAAGAACUCAGGGCUUUGUCCUCCAGGCAUUUCUCACUGCAGCACGACCCCCCCACCCAGCAUCAUCUGGGCAUUGUUCUCUGUGCCCGGAAAGCCUCACCUUGCCCCUAGAGGAUCCCCUGGUAUUCCAACGAUACCGCAGCCCUGGAAUUCAAAUUCUCGUGCUGUGGUAGUUUGAAGCGAAGCCACAUGAAUCUCUUCAUGUGGCCUGUAUGCUCUUCGUUAGGCCAGGCACCCCCCACCCCCCGACAGUACGCAUGAUUCAGAACUGGCCAAAUGUUUUGUCGUGCCCGCCCCCCCCCCGCCACCGCCGCCAAUGCCUCUCUUCCUUCUGGGCCUCGCUCUGUCGUUCAAAGCCACUUUGGAUUACUUGGAGCCUUCAAAAAGCCAUGAAAUGUGGCCUGUCUGUGGCGUUUAGAGGCCGAGCCAUGGAGGAAAAGGUUUUUCCCUCCGUUAUUUAAGCAGAAGGAAGGACCCCCUUCUUCAUAAGCUAGGAUUGCUUUUGCCAAAUUGCACUCGAAGCUAAGGGCAGGGGAGCGGGCCCCUGCUAGCAGCAGAACUGGGAGCCUAUCCAGAACAACCACGCUCCCCCUUGCCUGCCUCUCCGCUGCUGCCCCCCGGACGCCGCAGCCCAGCAUCCUCCCCAAGCGGCCUGGGAAGCAGGCUGCAGAGUCCGGCUCGCCAGCCGUUCUCAGCCUGCCAGACAGUAGACAGAUGCCCCUUCUCGAAGAGUCAGCCUCCCCCCACCCUCCUGAACUGAUUUUCCUGGCAUGUAUGUGGGCAAAGCGUUCGUGUAUCUCUAACGAACAGGCUGGAGUCCGUUUCGAACCAGGGGGUAAGUCUUCUACCUUGACUCCGGUCAGUUAGUAAUGAAAUCUAGAACCUACCUUCUCCCCAUUCCGGUCCCCACUAGCCAAGAAAUCUAUUGCCAUAAACUGGGCACAGUCCACUUCUAGCAUCUGCAGAGAGACCCUUCAUCUCAAAGGCCUGCUCCUUCCCGACCACCCACGCUGAGGAGGCCCCAGUCACUGAGCAUAAUUGCUGACCCCCUCGGUCCCAGCACCGGCCGCUUCUCCCCCAGACCGGUCCCGGGGACCUGGUCCAUCCUGGGGGUAGGACUUAGGUUUUGUCUGGCUUGUCUGGCUUUUGUUUUGGCCUCUUCCGUUUUCCUAAAGCACAAGUCCACGUAGAGUCCUGUCACCUCUCCACACCAGUUCCAGAGAUGAUGUGGGUCUGUCCCACUGCCUCAGGAAGACCUUCACUGUACCUGAGCUCUGACUUCUGCUAUUGCAGCUGCCUUAGCAAUACCGGGGCGGGGGGGGGGGGGGGAUGCCAGUUCCAUCUCUCCUUUCCCUGGUGGGACUUGCUCAACCACGUUCUUCGGUUGGCAGCUCUGCCUCCACAUUGAUGUUUGAGAACCAUCAUUCUCACAUUCCCAAUUUUUGUUUGGUUUGGUUUGAUUUUCUGAAACAUCUGAUGCUGCCCUGAAAAUCAUGUGUUUUUGAGUUUGUGUUCUGAAAGCCUCCAUGCUGCCGGAUUUGGGCGGAGGGAUACAGGCUCCUCCAGCACAGGGGCGUAUAAGAUUUACAACUAGCAAUGCAAUUUUUUCUAAAUAUGAGGAUAUUUACCUUUAUUAAGAAAUGAUCCUAAACAUCGGUGUCCUUGGUCAUUUUAUGUUCUCAUAUUACUUUUGGCUCUGUUUUGAUUCUGUGUGGUGGUAAACGAAGAUCAUUACAAACAAAAACUGUAAUUUUGUUAUCUUUGAUUCAAUGGAAUUUCUUUACUUAAAUAAAAGGCUAAAAAUGUG